AAGAGGGCACCAGAUCUUGCAGCAAAAAGAAGGUUCCCCUGACUAAAAGAAGCCCAAUUCUUCUUUCUCUUAAUAAAGAUCCCAUUUUUUUUUAAUCUUUUCUUUGUGGUGUUUUGCCAAGGGUCGAAAGCAGAAACAAACUCAUCUCCCCCCUCCCCCUUGAUGAAUUUUGAAAAAGAAGAAAGAUCUUCGACCCUGAAAAAUCCACCAUGACACCACCUUAUCAUGUCAUCUUCUUUUUCAUUUUACUCUCGUUUCCUUCAUCAACAUCAUCUGUAAUUCAGGAUUUUAUCAUUCAUAGAAGAAUUCUACACCAACCAUUGUUUCCAGCUGGUACAGCCCCACCUCCAGGUACUGACAAUUCUAUACCUCCACCGUCUCCUCCGUCGCCCGACGCUCCUGUUUUCCCAGACCCAAGUCAACCAUUCUUCCCUGAAGUUCCAUCGGACCAACACUCCCCAGAUCAGAAUCAACAGAUUGCACCACCGGCUGCACCUACCAAUGGCUCAAUCCCAAUUCCUGCCGCAACACAACCCGCCAAACCAGCUAAAAAGGUUGCAAUCGCAAUCUCAGUUGGAAUUGUCACUCUGGGAAUGUUAUCCGGACUUGCUUUCUUUUUGUACCGUCACAGGGCUAAACACCCUGGAGAAACUCAAAAGCUCGUCGGAGGCAACUCGGAGAGGUUCCAGGAAGAUUCCAGAGUGCCACCUUCGAGUUUUCUUUACAUUGGAACUGUGGAGCCGAGCAGUAGAUCGGUGACUGAAGCUAAUGGUGGAGCCAAUGGUUCACCUUAUCAUAAAUUGAAUCCGGGUAAGAGAUCUGAUCGUUAUCGGCCGAGUCCGGAGUUGCAGCCAUUGCCUCCAUUGGCUAAGCCUCCUUCGCUCGAGAAUGCUUCACCGACGGCAAUGUCGUCUUCAUCGUCGUCUUCGUAUGAAGAGAGUCAGGGGACUGGUUUUUAUACCCCACAGGGGUCCAUUAUUAGCAACGAAGACAGCUAUUAUACUCCAGUUGCGCGUUCGGUUAGUGGCAAUUUGGUGACUCCGGCGAGGAAUGAAAUGAAUGGGAAUGCUAAUUCUGGUCCUCGUUCCAAAAGGGCAUCUCCGAAGACAAGGGUUUUAACUUCUUCACCGGAAAUGAAGCAUGUUAUUAUACCUUCAAUAAAGCAGCAGCAGCCGCGGCGGCAGCAGCCUCCUUCUCCUCCUCCAGCGCCACCGUCUCUGCCUCUUCAACAAUCAGAAGGGCUAGCAGCGGAGUUACAUGAGACCCAAGAAGUUACUUAUGCAAAAAGGGCUAAAUUCUCCGCCCCACCUCCUCCUCCAAAUAGGGUACUGCUUCGAUCAAUUACCAGCCAUUCAUCCCCACAAAGAACAAAAGCUCCAGCUCCUCCUCCAGUUCCUCCUCCUCCGCCACCUCCACCGCCCCCUCCGCCCCCAGCAGCAGCAGUAGGACCUUCAAUACCAAAGACAGUAAUGCAUAUGGAAACCAAUGUGCCUCCAAAACCUUCCCAAGUGUUGAAAAAGCAAGAAUCGUCGACCCCAAGUCCCAAAAUAAGUGUAGGGAAUGUGACUAGAAAAUCCGUGGAAGAGGCUAAUCAUAAAGGUGCCAGUUCUUCAGAGAAGACAGAUGGGGAAGACAUGGAUAGUGCAAAGCCCAAGUUAAAGGCCCUGCACUGGGACAAAGUACGAGCAACCUCGGAGAGAGCUACAGUGUGGGACCAGUUAAAAUCAAGCUCGUUUCAAUUGAAUGAGGAUAUGAUGGAGACCCUUUUUGGCUGCAAUUCCACAAAUUCAGCACCCAAAGAACCUAUUAGAAGAUCGGUUCUGCCUCCUGUUGAACUGGAAAACAGAGUGUUGAAUCCAAAGAAGUCACAGAAUAUUGCCAUACUGUUGAGAGCACUGAGUGUAACUCGAGACGAGGUGUCGGAAGCUCUUUUGGAUGGUAACCCGGAAAGCUUAGGUGCUGAGCUGUUGGAGACUUUGGUAAAGAUGGCUCCAACAAAGGAGGAAGAAAUAAAACUUGUAGAGUACAGUGGAGACAUCUCGAAACUAGGUUCUGCAGAAAGAUUUCUCAAGACCGUACUCGAUAUCCCCUUUGCCUUCAAAAGAAUUGAAGCCAUGCUCUAUAGAGCGAACUUUGAUGCAGAAGUAAAGUACUUGAGGAAGUCUUUUCAAACCCUUGAGGAAGCAAGUGAGGAAUUGAAGAAUAGCAGGCUAUUUCUCAAACUCCUAGAGGCUGUUCUGAGGACAGGAAACCGGAUGAAUGAUGGCACCAAUCGCGGUGAUGCUAAAGCUUUUAAACUUGAUACCCUUUUGAAACUUGUUGAUAUAAAGGGAACGGAUGGGAAAACGACACUACUGCACUUUGUUGUUCAGGAGAUCAUUAGAUCCGAAGGUGCUGGUACUAACUCUACGAAUGGGAAUCCCGAAAACAAAUGCCGUCAAGCAUUAGAGGAUGAUUUCAGGAAGCAAGGAUUACAGGUUGUGGCUGGCUUGAGCAGAGACCUCGGUAAUGUCAAGAAGGCAGCAGGAAUGGACUCAGAUGUCCUAAGCAGUUACGUGUCGAAGCUUGAAAUGGGGCUUGAGAAGGUCAGGCUGGUUUUACAAUAUGAGAAGGCAGAUAUGCAGGGGAAUUUCUUCAACUCGAUGAGGAUGUUUCUAAAAGAGUCUGAAGAGGAGAUAUCUAAGAUCAAAACCGAUGAAAGAAAAGCCUUACUGCAAGUGAAAGAAGUUACUGAAUAUUUUCAUGGGAAUGCAGCAAAGGAAGAAGCUCAUCCUUUCAGAAUCUUCAUGAUCGUGAGAGAUUUCCUGUCGAUAUUGGAUCAUGUCUGCAAGGAAGUGGGGCAAAUGCAGGAUAGAACAAUGGUGGGUUCUGCUCGAUCCUUUCGGAUAUCCGCAACUGCCUCACUACCUGUUCUUAGCAGGUAUAAUGUGAGACAAGAUGGAAGUUCAGAUGACGAAAACUUGUCACCAUGAAGCUAUGUGAAUACAGGUAAGAAAUAUCAAAUUCGCUCAUACUCCAGCUGAACCAACAGCAGAAAUGUCUCAUUUACCAUUACAAAGCAUGCAAAAGGUAUAUAAUAAAGAAAAAUGAAAAGCAUAGCAUGGCAACUCGAUCUUCAGUUCACACGGAGACUUAGCUGUUGUUGGGUGGAGAGUUAUGCCCUCUUCAUGUUGUGUAAUAAUAAGGGUAGGUUGCAAGAAAAGUGAAGGGUACCAUCAUCUAAAUCGGACAAUAAAAUGGAUGACGGAAUGAAGAACAAGCCGGGCCAAGGUAACAAACAAGCCAAAUAUUUUUCUGUCUACUUCAACACACAUGCAAUGGUCAAGACUCGAAUUUCUUUACUUAGAUCAGUUACUGUAAAUUUUUUAGUUAAAAGAAAGUUUUUUUAUAUGCAAUGAAAGAUUUUGGAUAUGUUACCAU